AUGAUUGUCUCUGAUGAAGAAAAGAGAUGGAUUGUCGUGGGAAUUGCCUUGAACAAGGUUGCUGCUCCUGUUUUGCGGGAUGCUGUCACAAAGGGGAUGGACAACAACUAUGCGGAUCUGGAUAGACAUUGCAAACAUUCAACCCCACCAAGUACCCUAGGAACCUUAAACUAUGGUAACGUCCGAGCAGAUCCGGCCAUCUUUAGGAACUUGAAAUUUCAAAAUAUCAACAACAACAAUGUUGUGCAUGGUUUAUGCAACUACAACUUCAACAUUAAUAGCGCCGUAGACUUGGCCAAGUUGUAUGUGCCAGGUUAUCUGGCUCAGUUCUCAGCCUUUGACGAGUCGCUAGACAUGACAGCCAUCCUCCGCCUGUUGGGAUUUAAGAUGUACAUGCCUUCAGCUGUGUUCUCCCUACAUACCCAGGCGUCCGCUGAUGAUGUCAGGGAAAAUGUCAGAAAUAAAUGGGGCCAUGUUGAUUUAACCGAGUGGACAGAUGCCCUGUUCAAUGAUUGCUUUGCCAAGCUAGAGACAUUACUAAAGAGUUUAGGACUGACAACUGCAGUGGAGAAGAAAGCAUUGGAACAACUUGCUGACUGGAAGUCAAAAGGUAACGAGUUCUUGCCGCAAUGACGUAUAAAAAUGUAAAAUGUCAAAACCUGAAAAACAAAAAUAGGUGAAAAAAUUGCAAAUCGUUUUUCUUGCAGUUACGUUUGCUAUUGUUAGUUUUGGUUUAUUAAGAAGAGAUAAGUAGUGAUAUGGGGUCCUCAACAGGUCCAAGCGAAGUCCGAGUUAAGCGGGGGUCUUGCAAAUAGGUUCAAACAUGCUUAAGCUAAGGAAGGUUGAAUGCAGGACUCACUGGUGAAUCAUUUAAUUUAUGGUUGGACUGUUUAGCAAUAGAUACUUAUAGGGAUAGAGAGAGAAGAGAACAGAUUGUUUAAUUUGAAGUAACAGUUCAUUCAGUGAAAAAUAUGAGAAUACACUGUGGGUCCAAACGGGGCCCUCUAAGCGUUCGAAGUUGGCUUAGGGUAAGUUCCAGAAAAAAAGGUCCACCCAGGUUCUUUGCUUACAAGCUUCAAAGGUUAUUUAACUUUUUGACUGUACUUAACGAACAACAAACAAAAUCUGUUCUCUUGUUUCGUACGUACAGGCUGUCAGUUAAUCGUGGAAAAUUCCGUCCUAAAAGAUAUUCUGCAUUUGGUACAAGAUGAAGUGAGGGAUCUCAUCAAGGACUACAAAACUAUGGAGUCACAACUGAAUUUACAAACCAAGCAGGUCUCUAAGGUUUCAAAUGAUGUUUCCAUUCUGCAAGAAUAUUCAGAAAAUAGAGGUAAAGAGAUUAAAAACGUUUUGAAAGAACUUCAGUCUCUCAAAGCACAGUUAUUUAUACGACUUCAAGAGGUAGAAGAAGGUCUCGCUGAUACAAAUGACAGAGUAGAACAACUGGAGCAAAAUCAAGACCUGUUACAUGAAAGAUGUGACAAAGCUGAUGAUAAGGUGGACCAAAUAGAAGAUGAACUAACAAAACUGAAAGAAGGGACUAGUAAACCUGGUAAUUCAAGUUAG